AUGCGCACACGGCUGCUGAACGUCGCGUUGGGUUGCUUGGCAGCCAUCGUCGGCAACUUCGUGUUGAACUCAGGUGCAGGCGUGGCACUCUCUGGGGGUCUUUCGGGUCGCAGGCCGGCCGUACACCGCACAAGGCGCUUUGCAAAGAGAAGGCAGGGUCGGCAGAGUAGCCUCGACGUCAGGGGCUUGCUUCAGAAAGCAGGUCUGAUUCUUCCAGAACCUACGGAAACGUUUGUGUCGGAAUCGGAAGAUGAUUCGCUGGAGAUCGAAGCGCCAAUCCCGCUGUUGCAGCAAGGGCUCUCUCAACGAUUGAACGAAGUUAUCGGAGAGAUCGAAGAGAAUUGGCCGAACAAGGAGGCCGUAGUGCCAGAAGAUGAAGAGAUCGAGCUCGAGACGCCGCUGCAAAACUUGGAUGUGCCGCUCCAGUGGCUUGAGCGCAACUUCGACAUUCGGCCAAAGCAAGAGAAGCUGGUCUCAGAGAAGAAAGCUCUGAGGUUUGAGACGCCUCUCUCAGCACUGUUUCCCGGCGUGUUGGAGGAGGCUUUUGAAAGCACCGAAACCUGGACAGACCUUCUGCUGCCCCUGCUUGAUGCGGAAUCCGUGCUCGUAGACUCAAUGGAUGAAGCAAACUACGUGACAGUGACACUGGAGAAGCCGCUGGGGAUACAAAUCGAGGAGAACCCGCCGCAAUUGGGUGGUGGUGUGGCGGUGAAGAGCAUCAAGCCAGGUUCAAAUGCCGCGCGAAGUCAAUUGAUCCAACCUGGAUUCCAGUUGCUGGCAGCCUCCGGAACAGCCGUGCAUGGGCUGCACCUCGAGGACGCAUCGAGGCCAAUUGAAGCCGCACAGGGCCGUGUGCAGCUAACUUUCUUCAAUGGGAGUGCUGAGACUUUCUACGGCUUACUGGGGCCCGACCCCGAGUGGCUGUCUGCCUUCUUGAGAAAGCUGCAGAUGGAGCACUUUGCCUGGUCCUUCCAGGAAGGAUUGGCUCCGAAGAAAUCCUGGAGCUGGGCCCUGGAGCUCCUCGAGGAGCUGCGGAGUCAAAGCGGCGUGGACGUGCAGACGCUGCACAGCGCCUACGGCGCCGCCAUGGAGGCCUGCCAGAGGGCCUCGCGCUGGGAGCCUGCUUUGGAACUGCUGAGCGAGAUCCGACGGCUUCCCAAAACGCCCACCGCAGCGAACUAUCGCUCAGCAAUCCUCGCUUGCGAGCGCGCCGGCGAAAUGCUGAAAGCCCUCUGGCUCUUAGAGGAGAUGCUCGAGGCCGGCCUGAAACCGGAUCGAGCCACCUACAACAGUGCUGUUGGCGCCUGCAGGGCGAUUCUCAGGUCUCCGGCCAGGGGCGAUCGCCAGCGGAGUGUCACAGAAAGCGGGUGGAGAGCGUCCUCGCGAAGCAAGGACCUUCCAUCUGUGCAGCUUCCUGGAAUGCCGAUUCAGUGGGAUGCAGGAAUGGACCUGCAGCUCAGGAGCAGGAAUGCUUCACCGGGACCAUCCCUUGCCGCCAAGAGGCGUGCCGUGUCCGUGGGAUCGUUCGAGCGUCAAGUCACCAGAUCUUCAUCACAGGGCGCGCUGUCGUCAGCUGGGUUCCAUGCCCUGAGGCCUUUCACAGGUGGUGCCGCCUCACAUGGGCGACACAUGUGUCGCCGGUUCCGACACCUGGGCCUGGAAGUGCGGCAAGAUGCGAAGGGAAGAGGGCUGUAUUGCACUCGAAGCUUCCGCCAGGGUGAGACGCUUUUCGUCGGCGAGGCAGCUCUUCUAGUCUGCCUUCCAGACCUGUGGAAGAACCGCUGUUCGAAAUGCCUGGCAAGCAGUGACGAUGGUAGUCUGAGGAUCUGCAAGGGCUGCGGCACAGCGGCAUUUUGCUCGUCCUGCCGGGGCGAUCUGUGGCACAGCGAGGAGUGCCCGGUGCUGGCCAAACUGCUUCAAGCAUGCCAGGACCAUGCUCGGAGUCAGGGGAUCGAAGAGCAUGACCACUGGCAGCAGCUGGUCUGCUGUGCCCUCUCAAUCUCCCGGCUUUUGCGCCUUCUUCACAGUGGCCGAGAACCCAAAUCGUCUCCGUGCACCAAGCUUGCUGUGGCCUUGCUGGACGAUUUCGCCGAGCUUUGUACGCCACCAGAGGACAUUCCAGGCGAUCCACAAGCUUUUGCUGCAACUUUGCAUGCAUUUGCGCUGUUGAUGAGGGAGCCCCUCAAUGCCUUGUUUCCGGCAGAGCUUCGGCACAGCCCAGAGCUGGCGGAUGUGAUCUGCCACUGCUACGAGCAGUUGACUUGCAACAGCUUCUUGGUGUGCAGCGAUGACGCCACGCCUGCUGGCCAGCUGUGCGACCCAAUUGCAGCUCUUUUGAACCACUCUUGCAGUCCAAAUGCUGCCAUCGUCUGGCAGAUUCCGGCGAAGGGCAGGACACAUCGUGUGCAAUGCGUCCGUGAUCUCAGCGCCGGGGACGAGGUUCUGAUCAGCUACGUUGAUCCAACACGCCCGUGGUGGAUACGCCAACCGUCGCUGAAGGCAACGUAUGGCUUCAUUUGUGAUUGCGCCGUGUGUCGGCCGAUCAGUGCUUGGGAGCGCAGUGUGGCUGCGGGGGACCGGCCGGCAAAUCUUCCAGCAGGGAUCGAGGAAAGCAUCGCAGCCGUGAAGGCAGCCGAUGGGACCAUUCUGAUGAUCAGCGCCGAGCGAACCAGGGGAUUGUGCCUGUUCCUGCGCAAAGAGAUGGGCAUUGCCGUAGAAGCGGCAUCCGAGGAAGAUGCUUGGCAGAAGGUUUUGUCCCGUGUCAUGCGCCUAGAUGUUGCUCAGCUGGGCUGCGAACCCGAGGAUAUCCGGCGGGCUCCAUGGCUUCAGCUCGAUGUCGCAGAUGCUGCCUCUGCAGUUGGGCAGUUGGCUGGCCCUGGCAAGCUGAGUGGUGAAGAAGCUCGGAAAAGGCUUUUGCAGCUGGGUCCGGCUUGGGAGAGUCUCUUGCAGCUUCUGGGGCCGCGGCACAUGCUCCUCCGAGAGCUGAUCAGCAUUCUGCGCAUCGCAGAAAUUGCAGAAGACUGGAAGACCUGCCUGGAGUUGGCCCCCAGGGUUCUGACCGCUUUGGGAAUCCCAGAUGAUGAGAUGUCAUCCAGGAAAGCAGAGGUCUUGGCAGUUCUAGCGAUUGCGAGGAUCAGGACUGCCGAGGAUGGCGCCUCGCAGCCGAAAGCCAGGUCAGAGGGUAAGGCGGCGCUGGAAUCCAUGGCGCGGCUCUAUGGGGAGAACCUGCCAAAGCAGUUCGGAGUCGGCACACUGCAGAACUUGCUACAUGAGAACAUGGCGAUGGACCUGGACAGUGAAGAUCGUCUCAUCUCCUAUGCAGAAGGUUCUCUUCCCCUCUCCGUGGCACGUGCCCUCCCAUCUGCACGCGAUGUGCGCAAAGCGUCUCCUGAGACAAAUGCAGCAGAGACUGCGAAGGGGGUCGCAGAUGAUGCGGACCUGGACCUGGAUGAUUUGGAGAACGACGAUGAGGAAGACCUCGAUGAGGUCGAUGGCGCAAGUGCAGGAGAGCCUGAAGCAGACGAUUUCGACAAGGACAUGCCAGAAGAAGAUCGCACCAUGCGAAUGAAGAUAUGCCUCGCAGGUGCCAUGGCGAGGUUACACACGCACUCCGAGGAAGUCUCUCAGCUGGCCGCACAGCUUGCUGAACGUGGCCUGAACAAGCAGCAGGCAAUGAACUCCAUCUUCUACACGUGGAUGAUAACGCGCCACCCCUGGUGCUGCAAGGCCGGUUGCCUAGUUUGGCUGCUCGCAGCGCUGGAAAGCACCAAAAGCGAAAGCUUUGCUGGACCUCGCCGCGCGCUUCUGGCUGCCCUUCCGUUUUUCUCCUGGGCCAAAGCCAACGCAGAGGUGACCAUCGCUCCGACGCAACUUCCGCCGCGAGACGCGCGGAAAGACGAGGAAUUUGCCAAGGGCAUGGCCUAUGGCAUGGUCGACUACGAGCGUGCAGUGUCGAAGAAGAAGCGUGCACUGUUUUCGAAGCUGUGGGGCCUGCUGCCUCCGAACCCCGUCGUGGUCGAAGUGGGGAUAGGCAGUUUCCCGAAUGCACUGUACUUCGGCUCCAAGUCGGCACCUAGUUCCAUGGACAUUGUGGGCGUUGACCCCAACGAGUACAUGGAGCGGUAUGCUAUCGAAAAUGCAAAGAAGGUCGGCCUUCUGGCACCGGAACGUGGCAACUCUUUUCGUUUCACGAAGGGCAUCGCCGAGGCUCUGCCUCUGCCAGGGCAGAGUGCGGAUGCGGUGAUCUGUACGCUGACGCUGUGCUCCGUUGCCAACCCUGACCAUGCCGUGUCCGAAAUUCGGCGAGUUCUGAAGCCUGGUGGGUACUACUUAUUCGUCGAGCACGUGCUGUCCGAAACCAAUGGCUUUAUCGCAACAGCCCAGAAGUUGGCAACUCCAGACCACGUGCUCUCUGCUGAUGGCUGUCACUUUGACCGCCGUACGCUCCAGAACAUUGAGGCCGGUGGCUUUGCCAAGGUAGAUGGGGAGUAUUUUGAGCUUGAGUGCUACGUGAAAAUCCCAGACGCGGAUGCCAAAGCCGCAGCGGACGGCAAUUCCGAUGUUCUGAAGGAUGCACAGCUUUAUGAACCGCCGGCCAAGGCCUCCAAUAGACAGUGGUCCUUGCUGGAGACGGUGCUGAAGGAGCACAUGGAAAUGCAGCAAGAGGCGCUAAAGAAACAGGAGGAGCAAAAAAAGGCUCAAAGCCAGAGCCAGCAAUCACGAAACGCAGGACAGACGCCGCAGGAGCGCCCUGCUCCCGGCGGCUCUGGCAGCAAGUUGUACAUGCUCGUGGCCCUGGGCUUCAUUUUCGGGGUCAUCGGCCUUGGAAUCAUGCUCCUCAUGCAGAAGGAGAGAAGUGAAAGAGACGAAAAAGAUCGAAAGAAGGACAAGAAGGUCAAGACAUUCAAGCUUUUAGCACAUUGCCACGCGGUGCAACCCCGAAACGACGCUAGCAUCUUCCCAGCGACCUCCGCCCUCUUCCGAAUCAUGUCCAACAGCUUGGCUUCCGCACGCGUGGCCAGCGCGGGGCAGGCCAUGCCGCUCGAGGCUGCUCGAAAUCGAAGUACGGCCAUGAUGCACAAGCUGCAUGUUUUGGAGGACAAGUAUGUGAAAGACUGGUCGCAGAGGAUCGAUCUUGAGGUGAGAUCGAAGGGCGACAUGGGCCAGCACGUCGUGCAGGCGCAGCAUCAGUGGGAGAAGAGCCGAGAAACACCGAUCUUUCUCCAUCAACUUGCCCAUCAACCUAAGCCGACUGAGCAGACUUGUCCGUCUGCCUUUGGAGCAAUGGCUCUGCUGCUUCCAGGCAAAUGCUUGGCUGAAAAGACCUUGGUUCCCCAGCACCCCACACCGGAGAGACAAAGCUUACUCCGUACAUCGAAGGAUCCACGGCUUCCGCGAUCGUGGCUGCUGGCCGCUGUGCCGUUGACUGCUGCAACAUGUCGGGCGUCCCGCCAUCGGUGUCAAACCUUGCGACGAGCAAGGGCUCCCGAAGCAGAUUCGGAGACACCCCGACGAGUAGCACUGACGGUGCUGGGGACUGCUUUAACUGCAACGGGGGUUGAUGCAGCUCUCCGAGCUUCUGACGAGAGAUACGCUGCACUUGGUACAAUUCUAGCACCGGCACCCUACAAGGAAACGCUUCGAACCGAACUUGUUCCUGGACGCAUCUGGGGCUUCGAGCAGUGCAUCGCCUUGGCAUCGGUUUCGACCAACAUCCGCAUGACGGCUGUGAAGCUGCGGAACGGCGGACUGUGGGUUUCGGCACCGAUUGCUCCAACACGGCAGUGCUUGCGCCUGUUGGACGAACUUGGGAAGGUGUCUCACCUGGUAAUCCCUUCCACUGCCUUGGAGCAUAAAGCUUCCCUUGCAGAGUUCUCACGCACGUACCCGCAAGCAGAAAUCUGGGUGACGCCGGGCCAGGCUCCUCCGAUUACUGUUCCCAGCAACAGCCGCAUCCUAGGCCAAGGUCCUGCACCGGCGUGGGCUGACGAGCUGGACUGCAAAGUUUUCUAUGUGUCCCCGCCCGUGACGGACACUUUCGCCGAAGCCGUGUUUUUCCACAAGGAAAGCCGCAGCCUACUGGUCACAGAUUGUGCCCUCAAGCUGCCAGCAGCAGCACCAAAGAUCCUCGAAAGCUAUGGCUACGACGGGACUCCGGGGCCUAUCUCAUUAGACCAAUGGAGGUACAAAGCGAUCGCUUUCGAUUUCGUGACCGGGCGCAACCAGGAUGAGAAGGACUUCGCAGCACUUUCGCGACCAGCAGCUUUGGUCAACCCGCUGUUGCGAUUCAUCGUGUAUCGGCGCUGUCCGGAGCAAGCGGCUGCCUGGGUGAAGGAUGUUGCCAGGUGGCCGUUUGUCCGCAUCAUCCCGGCGCAUUUACAGGCUCCUUUCGAUUGCACACCAGCUCAAUUCUUGGAGGCAUUUGGCUUUCUGUUUGGCAAGAAGACCUCCUGGGAGCCAGAGGAUGAGCAGCUGUCCUUCCUACGUGGAGUUCGUGACAUCGUCGGAGGUGCCAUGAGCGAUUUCGUAGCCGGAACGAAAUCUGGGCAGCACGUGCAGAAGCUGCUCAUCAGUGGCGACAGUUCCAAGGUUGCCGCUUCCCUCCUUGCUGUCUUUGCGAGCGGCGAUGCAGAUGCUGCCCCCAACAGCACAAAGGUGGGGAUGAAGGUCACUGGCCAGGACAAUUCAACCUCCCCCUCUUUCAACGCAUCAAAUGGAACCAAUGGAACAGGAAUCCUGGAGGAGGUCAUGGACAUCGAAUCUCGGCCCAUGUUCGGCAUGGUUCUUGGCGGGCUGGUCGCCAUUUGCGCAGUCAUCUCUUUUUGGCAGUGCUUCAAGUGGCUGACAGGGCCAAAGCGAGCACCUGCACCUCUUCUUGCUGAUACAGAGCUGACAGAAGGGGACCCAGUGCAUGGAGAUCAGCCCACCGGCUUAUGGAUGGGAGGGACCGGGCCAGCUCGUGAGCUCAUGUCCGGCACAUCGGCCGGCUUUACUCA